UUGGCUCCCGCUCUCUCGCCUCUCUCGCCCCUACCCUCCCUUCUUCCCUCCCUGCGGAUCCCUGCUCUCUCCCCGGAGUGGCGCGUCGGGGGCUCCGCCGCUGGCCAGGCGUGAUGCUGCACGUGGAGAUGUUGACGCUGGUGUUUCUGGUGCUCUGGAUGUGUGUGUUCAGCCAGGAUCCAGGCUCCAAGGCCGUCGCCGACCGCUACGCCGUCUACUGGAACAGCAGCAACCCCAGAUUCCAGAGGGGUGACUACCACAUUGACGUCUGUAUCAAUGACUACCUGGAUGUGUUCUGCCCUCACUAUGAGGACUCGGUCCCAGAAGAUAAGACUGAGCGUUAUGUCCUCUACAUGGUGAACUUUGAUGGCUACAGUGCCUGCGACCAUACUUCCAAAGGAUUCAAGAGAUGGGAAUGUAACCGGCCUCACUCUCCAAAUGGACCACUGAAGUUCUCUGAAAAAUUCCAGCUCUUCACGCCCUUUUCUCUAGGAUUUGAAUUCAGGCCAGGCCGGGAAUAUUUCUACAUCUCCUCUGCAAUCCCAGAUAAUGGAAGAAGAUCCUGUCUAAAGCUCAAAGUCUUUGUGAGACCAACAAAUAGCUGUAUGAAAACUAUAGGUGUUCAUGAUCGUGUUUUCGAUGUUAACGACAAAGUAGAAAAUUCAUUAGAACCAGCAGAUGACACCGUACAUGAGUCAGCCGAGCCAUCCCGCGGCGAGAACGCGGCACAAACACCAAGGAUACCCAGCCGCCUUUUGGCAAUCCUACUGUUCCUCCUGGCGAUGCUUUUGACAUUAUAGCACAGUCUCCUCCCGUCACCUGUCACAGAAAACAUCAGGGUCUUGGAACACCAGAGAUCCACCUAACUGCUCAUCCUAAGAAGGGACUUGUUAUUAGUUUUUUGGCAGAUGUCAGAUUUUUGUUUUCUUUCUUUCAGCCUGAAUUCUAAGCAACAACUUGGGGCUGGGGGGGCUAAAGUAGAUGCUGCCUCCCUCACCCCACCCUACCCCUAGCCCUCGCCCUUGACUUCUCUCACCCCUUCCAAAUUAAACGGACUCCAGAUGAAAAUGCCAAAUUGUCGUAGUGACACCAGUGGUCGUCAGCUCCUGUGCAUUCUCCUCUAAGAGCUCACCUCCGUUAGCGCACUGCAAGGAAGAGUAGUGGCAGAUGCAGCCAGUGAUGGUGAGGCCCAGGAGGGUUUUACUCUCCCAUACAAUAUUUAUGCCUUCUCAUUCAGAACUGUAAGAUGAUCGUGCAGGGCAUCGUGUCACCAUGUCAAGUCCAGAGGGGAGGUAUUAAGAAUAGAUAUAAUAUUACACCGUUUCCUCUAGGAAUAUAUAAAUGAACAGGCUUCUAAAAGGUUGAGACACUGGUUCUUUUAAGAUGACUGUCUUAAAGCAUUCUUGACAGCAAAACUUGUGCUCUGUAUAAGAAGCCUUUUUUCUAGGAGGCGGGUCAGGUGCCGGAAUGCUAGCACAGAGAACUGUGAAGACAGAGACAACUAGGUUUGGUGGGGGUGCGUGUGUGUGAGUGCCUCUAAUUUUUUUGGUGACUGGGCAGUGCACACCAGAUUUUUCUUUCCUUUGAAUACAGAUCACCAUGGUGCUACAACUUUUUUUUUUUAGAAACUCAAAGAGGCAUUUUUAUGAAUAAAGUGACCUUCCCCAAGGCUGACAAGCCAGGGUUGAUGAGUGUAUGAUGGAAUAGCUUUGGAUACUCCUCUGGGGGACAAUAUGCACCAAGGAAAGGAUGGCAGUGACCAGAGGAGAUGUGAUUUGGCUUUGCUGGAGCACCAGUGUGCUGUGGCCUUUCCCCCACUCCCCCCUAGUACCCACAUUUGGCUCCACAAUCCACAACUACAGGGGCUCAGACACAAACCCCUGUCACCAGGAGAGUCAGUCAGCACUACUUGGGAGGGCUAAAGGGAAAUUUGGAAUAAAACUUCCAAAGUUUGGAUAAAAAAAUUCAGGUGUUGAUUUUAUAUUCUUUCCCUUUCUGACACAGCCUGAAGCGUAGGGGGAACAUGUGUUUAUCUGUGGGAGAUAAACAAGAUGGAGUCCCAAAGACUUUAACAAAAUAUUUUUUUAAAAAUCCACUAGAAUAGAAAAUACAUUAUUUAGAUAUACUUUAUGCUGAGAGUGAGUAUAUAUGCUUGUCUUAUUUAAACUUGUGAGAAAAAGUGGUAUCCCUUGAUACAUUUAGAAAUAUGGGGGGCUAUCUUGUUUCAAUGUGGGGGUAGGGCAGAAGGAGAAUAAACGCAGGAUGACCCUGUUUAACGAAUCUUAGCAUGGCCAACAAGGGACGUUUCCAGUUGAUUACAAGGAAAUGCAAGCCUUGGGGGUUUCUACUGGUGAGGCUGUCACGGACUUUGAACUGCAAAGCCUAGACAGGAAAAAGUGUCAGACCAAUGGAAAAGAAAUCUAGCCUUUUUUGCUAUUGCACGACAUGUGAAUAGAAACCAUGCCUUUCAAAACAAAACAAAAAAUAAAUGCAAUGACCAUGUAAGAUGUGAAAAAUUGGAAGCAUUCCAGCAAAAUACGGAUUUUUUUAUAUAUUUGUUUUUUAAAAUGUGUGUGUAAAAAAAAAAAAAGAGGGGUCAUAUUGUGGACAGACUUCAUGAAUGGGAAUUUGCUAAGAACUGUGAGCAGUUCUGAAUUAGAAAAAUAUGUGAAUGAAAGGCAGCUGUGAACGUACUGCGCCCUGGAGAGUUGUACACAUGUUUAAAUGUAAUCUGGGCUUACCUGAUCCAUUUGGAGUGGAUGUUACUGCUGGGUCUGUUCACACUUGGAACCACGUGAGUGGGGUUGCCAGCCUCACAGAUCCAAUCAAUCCUCUUCCCCCAACAUCAGGAACUUCUCUGGAGUGGCAGACUCUUAUCACAGAAGGCAGCCGCCAUUUCACUGAAACAAAAGUUCACAGCAUUAGCUUCUUUUUUCUUUUAACUAUUUAUAUGCUCAGUACUCUCAGUGAUAUCCAGUAAUACUUCUUUUUAGUAAUAGUUACAGGCUUGUUGGUCCAGUGGGAUUUGGGUAGGGGGGAAAAGAUACCUUCUAAAACGGAUCAAUAGUCAGAACCAAAAUAAUACUGCAUGUUCUAUAGCCACAAGGAAAUCAGCGGAUCCUGUAAUGAUUCCAGUUAGUCAUAACUGCGUUAGCAAUGCUACUUUCAUUUAGAAACGGUGACUUCUGUGGUUUUUCUAGCAUUUGUCUCUAACAAAUGAUGAAAUAAUUACUCAUGGCCCUCUGCCAUUGUCUUUCAUUUUUCACAGUGAAAUUAGACCCCUUUAUUUCACCAUUGUGCCACUACAAAUUAAGUAAAAAAAAAAAAAAAAAAAAAAUAGCAAGACUAUCCACAUCAGUAGAUAGUGUGCUUCUCUACCUAUAAGUGACGUAAUUGUAGGUAAUGCUUGCCAUGGAAUUUUCAAGAAGAUGAUGGGUAUCAGACAGUUUUCAUCUGUCCAAAAAGUGCUGGUGGCCUUUUGUGCUGGUGGUACAACCCUCUGGGGGCUUAGGAGGAUGUUGAUGCAACUUUGUAGCAGCUUUUAAUUUCAGAAACAAUUCAAAAGUCUGAAGGGCAGCCUUAGCGGCUUCUCGGCCCCAGUUAGUCAAACCCCCGCGACCUUUGCCCCUGGUUGCCCAGGGCUUUGCAACUUGAAGCAGGGAAAUAAGGAUCUGUCUGUUUAGUGGAUACCGUGUAUCCUUUAAUAGACCAGGUAACAGUUCGUGUUAGUUUAGGCUAUUGUUUUGUACUGUACUUUCUUGGGUGGCAGAGGAAAGAAAAGUAAAACAUUAAAAAAAAUACUGCGUUCUUUAAAUUCUGUAUUAUUAGCAACCUCUGUUGUAUAUAGUGUUUGAUAAUAAAGUAUUAAUUUGAUUCUUAUGUCUUUUGUAAGUGAGAACAAUAGUCUUUCAGGAUACAAAACAUGCAUUGAGGCUUUGAAACAUCCAAUGUAUAUGUGGCUGAGAAGAGUCACAAAUGGCCAAGACACUGCUCCAUACAGGACUCACGUGUGGUCAUCGCCCUGCCAGUCUUAAGACUCCACCAUCUUGGGACCUGGAACAACAUGACUUUUUUGAUCAAUAUUUUGUCCUCAGUGUUUUCAAGGUCUGAUGUUGGAGCCCUAUGGUGUUUUUUUUUUCUCCCCAGCAUGUUAGUUUGAUAAAGGUUUACGGAAUUUAGAAACGGUUCUGUACUUUGGUUUGGUUUUCUGUUUGUGGUGGUUUUCAUAGACUGUUUCAUUUUUCCCCAGGAAGAGUCUUGCCAGUAUCACGUGCAGCCCACACAUGGGAAAGGUUGCAAACCAGUCUGUUUAGGAAGGUUAAAUGGGGGCUGUUUCCCUCUGUAUCAUUGUGAAAGGAAGAGUCACACAGUACCUGUGGAUUUUCAGGGACUUGGUUUUUCUCUGGUGCCUUAGCAACGGCAGCAGCCAUUUGUAUGUUUCCCCAAAAUUAGAAAAACAGUUUAAGCUCCUCCUCUCCAUUCAUUGCUCUCAGAGCUGUGGUCACUAGUUUUUCUUUUGAAAACCACCUCCACCAACACCCCCGUUUGCCUACACCCCCUACCCCUUUUCUUAUGUUUAUUUUUUUGUCUCUCGCCUUUCUCCCAUGUUUUAUUUCCCUCAGAACCGUGAAUGGGCAGGUCUGUCUCUGGUUUGGCAUCACUGCGUUUUUCCCAUGCAUUUGCCCCAGAGCUGCUCGGAUGUGAGACAAAUCUCCCUACAAUGGGCUUGCCCCCAUUGUCUGUACAGUUUAAUAGAUGCUGGCAUGUUGGAGGUUACCCAUGAGUCAAAAUCCGCUUUCCAUGCUUACUCUUGACACCCCAUUGAAGCCACUCAUUGUGUGUGCGUCUGGGUGUGAAGUCCAGCUCCGUGUGGUCCUGUGCUUGUACUGCCCUGCUUUCAAGUUCCUUUGCACUUACUCAUCGAGUGCUGUUUUGAAAUGCUGACAUUAUAUAAACGUAAAAGAUAAUGUAAAAAAAAAAA